AUGACCCAUGUAAUACACAGAAGACAUCCAAGGACUUGAACGGAUCUUUCCCGAAUUCCAGCUCACAGGUUAGGCGUGGUAACACCAACUCAGAAGCGGACUGUGUGAUAAACAGUACACCUUCAAAAACCCCGAAGAAAAAAAAAACGUUUCACGAUAGCAAGGCAAGUAAGCCCCGGAGGGCGAGAACGGCCUUUACCUACGAACAACUGGUUGCUUUAGAGAAUAAAUUCAAGACGACCCGCUAUCUGUCCGUCUGUGAACGACUUAACCUGGCCCUCUCUCUUAGGCUUACCGAGACGCAAGUGAAAAUUUGGUUUCAAAACCGCCGAACGAAGUGGAAGAAACAGAAUCCGGGGAUGGAUGCUAACAGCCCCACGAUCCCUCCGUCGCAGUCUAACAACGGCCACUUCUCUGCUUACCCGAGCGUGUCGCCCUACCAGCCCCCGACCGCCGCCGGAUUUCUCUACGGCUCUCAGCUUCCUUACCUCGCGGCGGCGGCGGCGGCAGCAGGGGCUACUCUACCGUAUACCCUGUUGGCUCCCACGGCUCAACCUGGCGGUCACUCCUACUUUCACCAUCACCACCUCGGCCACUCGUAAUUCU